AAAUUUCUAAAGGCUACAGUCAGACCAGUGUUGACUCCGGGCUACUGGUAUACGCUUUUCUGCAUGAUUGUGCUUUUUUGCUGAAACAACUUGUUAGUGGACGGUGACAUCAGUGAUAAAGACACUAUAUAUUGUUGCUUCAUUUUGCUGCUGGAUCUCUCAGGUUUGUACAGAAAAGUUAUUUUGUUCCGGUUCGUGUAGAGUGCUGCUGUCCUUCACCACUGUCCUUUCGUGAUAAAAGGAAAAAACAGAUUACUGCCUUGCUAUACUGUAUGGCUGUAAGUACGCGUACACUGUCAUGACUGUCUGUACAGACCGAUGGCUGUUGUGGAGGACCGUUUCAUGCAAUUCCACCCUGUUCAUGGGGUAAAUGUCAGACUGGACAACUCAGAAACUCAGGCCACAAGGGUGGAAAGCUUUGCAAAUGGAGUCUGCUUCAGCAAACACCCCUUACUCCCCGGGGAGAUCUUCCUCAUUGAGAUUGAGGACAAGGAAUUGGGCUGGUGUGGCCACCUAAGGAUUGGACUGACAGCCCAUGAUCCUGGAAGACUGGAUGUCGUACCUGAGUACUCCUUGCCCGACCUAGUGGACCUGGGUAACAGCUGGGUCUUUGCAAUCACCCGAAACCACAACAAGGUUGUCGAGGAAGAGGAAGCUGGAGGAGAAGCAGGAGGCAGAGUUUUGGCAGAGGAUAGCAUGCUUAACAGCAACCCUAGCACAUUUUUCACCAAGUCCCACCUUCUUAUUGAAAACAUACGCAUCCCUAGGGACAAAUUGGUAGGACGCAGCCGGCCUGGACGCUUCAGUCACAUCCUGGAUGACCUGUACAAAACGAAUGCACUGCCACCUACUGCCCGUCGCAGCCGCGUUGGAGUUCUGUUUGUGCCUAGAGGACAGGGCAUAGCGGACAUGCACAUCAUCAUUAACGGUGAAGACAUGGGCGCCUCUGCCAAAGGAAUUCCUACCCAGCAGCCACUCUACGCUGUGGUUGACGUGUUUGCCGCCACCAAAUGUGUCCAAAUUGUCCAGGUGGAGUAUGGCUUCUCAUCUUUACAGACACUGUGCCGGAAGACUAUUCAGAAACACAUUGUUCACAGAAUGGCUCUGGACUGGCUGGAGCUCCCAGAAAUACUAAAAAAUUACUGCAAGUACGAAUGACAAGGGUAUGUGGUGAAACCACAACUAUUCAUAUUAAAUAAUGGAUAAAUGUUCCUGCUAAGCAAACUAAUGUUCAGUGACAAUGAACAGAACCCCACUGUUUAGUCCCAUUCAUGCAAAAAACAAAAAGUACCAGAUUUCACAUAAAAUAAAUCUUAUAUUUACAAAACAAAGAUUUUGCAAAUAAAAAUGCUUGAGUGGC